AUGGUGAAGGUGUGCAUAAUUGUACCCAUCUUCUUGAGAGGAGUUUUGAGCUUUAUGAAGAAUCUCAUAAUUCUCAAGAACAACCACGUGCUUGUAAGGUUAAAUAGAAUGAGAUUUGGAGUUGUCCCCCUUGAAGGUUUCUAUAAGCUCAAUGUUGAUGAAGCUACUGACAACGCAACAGGCUUACGUAGCAAAGGUGUAGUUGUUCGUAAUUAUUUUGGAGUUAUUAUGGGUGCCCUAGCCAUGCAAAGCCCUCUCUGGGUUUCCAUUCUAGCUACAGAAUUGCAAGCAAUCUAUAGAGGAGUUUUAUUUGCUGCAAGUGCUAGUUUUGUCCCUCUCCUCAUAGAAGACUCUUCUGAGACUGUUAUGAUGAUUAAUUCAUGA